AUGGCGUCCGUCGCCCCGCGCGCGCGCGCGUCGACCGCCUCGCGCGCGCGCGCGCGCGUCGCGUCGUCCGCGUCGGCGUCGUCGACCGCGCGUCGGCGCGCGUCGCGCUCGAAACACGGCGACGCGCGCGGCGUCGACGUCAACCGACGCGCGGUCGCGGUCGCGCUCGCGGUCGCGCUCGCGACGCGCGCGGCGCCGCGCGCGCGCGCGACGGCGACGACGACGACGGAUGAAUUCAACGCGCUCGAGCGACGGGCGAAGCGGGCGUACUACGCGCGCGAUUUGAAGCGGGCGCGCGAGGACUUGACAGCCAUCAUCGCGAUGGAGCCCGAGACGCCCGAGUGGCGCGAGCGCCGCGCGCAGGUGCUCGUCGACAUGAAAUUGUUCGAAGAAGCCAUCGCGGAUUACGACGAGGCGGAGCGAAUGUAUCGAGCGAUGUACGACGACGCGACGACGACGUACAAGUCGCUCGGGAUGCUGAGUAAUCGCGCGUUGGCGUACGAAGGGUUGAGUCGCUGGGACGCGGCGAUCGCGGAUUACUCGGAGGCGUUGAAGUACUCGUCGAUGAUGGGAGCGACGCCGCCGUACGUGCUGAAUUCGCGUGGGAAUUGUUAUAACUCGAUCGGGGAGUACGAGAAGGCGCUGGAUGAUUACUCGCGCGCGGCGGGCAUUUUUCAGCAGUCUCGAAAUCUUAGCGGAGCGAUCUACGCGCAGAGCAACGCGGCGUUGAUGCUCGCCGAACUCGGCCGAAUCGACGAGGCGAUAGAGGACAUGGAAAAGGUUAAAAGACGAGCCGCCGGGAGCGUUGACAUGCGCGCCGCGCUCGCGGCUCUCUAUUGGUCGCGAGGGGAGGAGCAGCGCGCGGAGGAUAAUUGGAAUUGGAGCUGCACGGCGAUCAACAGUGGCCAAAUGGUCGAAGGUGGUCCAGUGCUCGACGGCUGCGAGCUUUAUCGCGAUUACGAUUGGCUCGGUCGCAUUCGACGUUGGCCCCCGUCAAUGGUGCAAAAGUUUAAAAGAUUCAUUGAGUUGAGUUGA